CCGCCACUGCAACCACAGCCGCUGUGCAAUUCAAGGGUGAGCCAUCGGCUCAAAUUCAAGCCCCCGCCACCGUCCCGGUGCAUCUCCACUCUCAAGGAAUUUUCAGUCUCUUUCAUUUCUUCAACUUAUUGUUUGUCCCAUUUCUCCUUUUGCUUCCAACCAAAACGAAACUUAGUGACGGCAUUUCUAACUUCUUCUUCAGAUUUCUUAGAAUUGGCUGACAUUUUCUUUAGAUUGGUGAAGGCAGGCAAUUCAUUUCUUUCUUUCUUUUUCUGAUUGCUGGAUUCAAGCACAAAAAAUGGAACAAUCUCCAAAAUUAGGGCUUUCAGUCGAUGGCAAUGAUGUUAAGUAUAUCUCUGGGUUAAGCACCAUACUAGUUGCUUCAAUUCAGGAAGCAAAGGACAAAAUUUCUCAGAUCGAGUACAUCUUUUGUAGCCAACUGUAUCCAAAUUUCCAGUCGAAAUGUAAAGGCUUGGAGAAAAUAUAUGCAGAGGCCAAGAAAGAGGCUGAAGAUGCAUGGAAGAAGAAGGAAAACGAGUUCAAUCUCCUACUGGAGGAGCUUGAACUUGAAAGGAAAAAGGUUGUUGAAGAGAAUCGUUCUUUCUUGCUUGAGAAGGAAAAGCUACAAAAGGAGCACGAAGAGAAAAUGAGGCAACUUGUUGUUAAACUACAAAGUCAAGAAACAAAAAUUGAGGAGCUAAAAGGGGAGCUUAUGUUGAAGUGUAAGGAGGUUGAUGAGGGAAUGGAAUUGCAUAGUAAAUUAGUGCAGCUAGUUCAAGCAAAAGCCUCCGUGAUAGCUGAUAAGGGUAAAGAAUUAAAAGAGCAUGAAGAGAAAACAAAUGUACUUCUCAGUGACGUAAACAACCUGCGUAAAAAGGUUGAAGUACUCCAGCGGGAGCUCGGAGAAAAGACUCAGGAAGUUGCUGAUGGGAAGAAAUUGGCAGAAAAUUUACUUAAAAAGGUUGAGUCGCAAGCCUUUGAUGUUAUGCAUAAUGAAGAGCAGCUGAUCAAUUGUAACAAGGAGAAGAAGCUACUUGAGGCCAACUUCGAGAAAUUGAAGGAGAACUACAAAGAACUCCAUGUGGCACUUGGGAAGAAGACAGAUGAAGUUGAGGAAGGAAGAAAAUCGCAGGAACAGUUGCUUAGACAAAUUGAUUUAGAAGGGUCAGAAAAUUUGAAGAAUAAACAGCAGUUGGAGGAGAAUGAGAAAAUAAAAGAACAACUUCUGGGCAAAGUAAAAAGCUUGGAACUGAAGAUCAAUGAACUGCAGGCUGCCAAACUUAGUAGAAGUGGUAAUGAUGCACGCCAUGCAGUUGAAGAAAGGGAUUUAUGCGAGAAGUUACUAAAACAGAUUGAAGCGAAGGCCUCUGAGUUGGUAGCUGAGAAGAAGAAAAAAAGAGAUCUCCUUGAUGCUUACAAAAGGCUAAAAUCUCAGUACAACUACCUCUGCAGAAAGAAUGGCCUUACUACCGAGAACAUGUCUUUUUCAAAUAAACUGGAAGAUGAAAGUGACUCAGCCAGGCAUCAUGACAAAUCCAAACCUUCUCUUGAUGCUGAAAACAGGAUUCUGAAGACUCCUAUGGUUGUUUUUGGCACAAAAAGCAUGAAGGAUGUAAUUGGCAUGAAUGGUGACUUAGAGGACGAGAAAGGAGUCAAACCAAUUGAAACCUCUACCUCUCACUCCAGUCGUAAAUGCCCCUCAAGUGUGAAGUCUAAUCCUAUAGUUGGUGCAAAGCGACCGGCUUCUGGUUGGAGAGAUACUAGGUCCCACCAAGGCCAAGCUAGGCAUGAUCCCCAUGAUGAUUUUCUUGACACUCCUCUGGAGAAUAUCAGAGGAAACCUGGAGAAAGCUAUGAAGAAAGAAGCUGGUGAUCCUCUGGUUCAAGACGACAUGAAUGUUGAUAGCUCAGAUGAUGAGACACAUGAUGUUAGCGUUGACAAGAAGCAACAAAAACAGGAGACACCGUUUCAAAUGGUUGACAAGGGAAGUUUCAAGUAUGUGGAACCAGUAAGAAAGAAAGCAGAGAGGGAGAAAUUGAAAGGAUAUGAAUGCAAUCAAUGUAAGAAAUUCUAUGAUGCUGUUCUUAGCAAGGGAGCUGAAGGCAAUGAAGAUCACAACAAGAAUUUCCGUUGUGAGCAUCAUGAUGGUGUGUCGAGGCAUCGAUAUAAGUAUGUUCCUCCUAUGACUCCUGAGGGAUUUUGGAAUAUUGGGUUUGAAUCGGAAAUGUGAUUUGUCUAGUUCAAUAUUGAAUAUGCAAUUUUCAUUUAAGUUUAAUUA